AUGUCCCGUCCAUUUCCAUACAGCUAUGUUUCGUGCCCUUGCGCCGAAAUUUCUACCCCCGACCCCGCCAGGAAGCGAAGGUCCAGAGAAUCACCGCGGAAACCAACCCCAGAACGAACAGAAGCCACAGGCGAAGACGUGACAACAAAGCAGGAAGAUGACCAAGAGGAACAAGAUGAGGAUGAAGAACAGACAUUUGAUCCUAGAUCUCCCCGGUCCAACUUCUCGCUGCAUCCACCUGAGCAGCUUCUAUACUGUGAGGAUUGUCAUCAAAUCAAGUGCCCCCGCUGCAUAACCGAGGAAAUUGUGAGCUGGUAUUGUCCAAAUUGUCUAUUCGAGACACCUAGCAGCAUGGUGAAAAGUGAUGGAAACCGAUGUGGACGUAACUGCUUCAAUUGCCCCGUCUGUACAGCCCCGCUAGCUGUGAGUACCAUUGAAAAUGUCGCGGGAAAUGGAAGUCAACAAGGACCAUGGGUAUUGUCUUGUGGCUACUGUAUGUGGACGACGCUUGAUAUCGGCAUCAAGUUCGACAAACCGACCAACAUCCGUAGCCAGCUGCAAAAGAUGACCGAUUCUACCGCGUCGCCUGCCUAUGAUGCCCGAUCAAGACAAGGCUCUCGUGCAUUCGGGGAUCUCAAGUCUCCUCUGUCAACCCUGAUCUCCGCCGAUGGCGAACCCAGCGCCCCCAGCAACGACAAUGCCAACAUCGAAGAGCCCACAAAAGAAGAGUCCUCGGAGGUGGCUCCUGCCAACACAGAUGCCCGUUUCGCGGCAUUGAAAUCCUUCUACCGCAACCAGAUCUCCGAAACAUCAACCUCGCCAAGCGAUCCCCUAGGUUCCGACUUCGGAUUCUCCUCACCUGGUGCCCUGAACCGCCUCAUGUCCCUCUACGCAUCCUCAUCACGUCUAAGCGGACUCUACGGCGGUAACAAGAAAUCCAAAUCAAAGCCCCCAGUCAUGCGCGAAGCCCUCACCGCAAGCGAAGGUCUCCGAAUUACCCCCGAAGGCGAAGAAGCAUCCAUAAUCGAGCGCCUCGCUUCCCCAGACGGCGGCUGGGAUAGCGUCGCAUCUCUCGAUCAGCGCGCACAGCAAUCACCCGAUGUCCGCUUCAUCGAUGAGCUCCUCCCCCUACCCGUCCUCCUUCGCACGAAACGCGCAAAGCGCUGCAAAUCCUGCAAGCAUAUCCUUGUCAAACCAGAGACAAAGCCGCAGUCUACUCGCUUCCGUAUUCGUCUGAUCGCUCUCAGCUAUAUCCCGCUGCCUACUUUGCGUCCUCUCGCUCUGACCGCUCCGUCAUCCUUUACUUCGGGUACUGUCACUUCGACGCCGGACCUUAAUGCCUUACCUCCGCUGAGGCCUGUGCAUAUUCUUCUCACGCUGAAGAACCACAUGUUCGAUCCCGUUCGCAUUACCCUCGCCACACCGUCUGUAACUCCAGGUCGAGUUGCUAGUAGAGUCACAGUCCUAAGCCCUCAGUUCGAUAUCGGUGCAAAUAGUGAUGUCUGGGAUGAGGCGUUGCAAGGUGCAUCGGCUCCUAUCACGGGAGAUUCACGAUUCACGGGUCUCCGAGCCUCAGAAAAGGUUCCCGAAGCCGGGAAAGUGUGGGAUAAAGGUCGCAAUUGGACGACGGUUGUGUUGGAGGUUAUUCCGGGGACGUUGCCUGGCACUGAAGCUGAUAACAACACCGGUACAGAUGAUGACGGAGAAGAGAAGGCGGAAUCUGUUUUGAAGGAGGAUGAGGAUGUAUUGGAGAUUCCGGUCUUCGUGCAUAUGGAGUGGGAUGCGGAGGCACAGCUUGAGCAGCAGAAUGUUGGAAAGGCUUCUAAGCCUGAUGAUCUUGUUGCGAGAGAAUUGGCUUACUGGAUGGUUUUGGGGGUUGGGAGGAUUCAGGCUUCGUUGUAG